AUCACGCAUGACGCGUGAAAAUUCAUCGAGAUUUUUUCAACUGUUAGUUCCUUGUCUUUAUUUUCUGGUGUGAGGUGUUUAGUGCGUCGAUUGGAUACUUGAUCUCACUUCAAUACAUUUUUUUGCGGAUUUGGAAGAGCGAAACUCUUCAAAUGCGGAGGUCAGGCUUAGGCAAUCCAUAGUGACACACCACUUCGCAGUAACUCGACUGAAGAUCCUUAAACAAUUUCUUAGUUUCAUACAUGACAACGACGAAUCAAUUAGUAAAUUUUAAACUGGCGAUGACAGACGUUUCGGAGAAAACGGAAACGAUAGAUUCCGCAAUUAACGAAGGCGACGAUUCGUCGACGCAGACGAGGAACCAUGAAGACUCCAAAUCGUCGCACCAAUUUUCCAUUCGGCGUCUCCUGAACUUAUCAGAUGACGCCAAAGAAUCCCUGGCAGGGAUCCGAUUGGCUAUGAACACAUCGUAUCCCGAAACAAGUCGGACGGGACAGCACUGGGUCGGAAAUGAGGACCGUAACGACGACAGUCAAGAGAGUUUCGUAAACGGCUCAGAACCUGUGUCUUCUGGACACUCCAACCGUCUCCAGGAAGACGAAAGUGAGAUGGACAACAGAAGGGACGGAAUCAUAGACGAUGACGUAGAUAAAGACGAGCGGCGGAAAAGACCGCGGACUGCUUUCACAGCAUCUCAAAUCAAGACGCUUGAGGCCGAAUUUCAGAGGAACAAAUACCUCUCCGUCGCUAAAAGGUCCUUCCUCUCCAAGACACUCCAGCUCACUGAGACACAGAUAAAAAUAUGGUUUCAAAAUAGAAGGACAAAAUGGAAGAGAAAGUACACCAAUGAUCUAGAGAUAUUAGCACAGCAAUACUACAAUUCCUUGGGAAUGCCUGCUCCUCGACCAAUAUUUUUUGGAGACAGACUUUGGUUUUUCAAUGUGACCAUGAGCCGUGGACAAGCCGAUCUGCCACAUCCAUCUUACAAUACAGACGUGGUUCAAUCGGUCGUGCCCCUUCCAGCAACUGUCGCGUUUCCAGAAUACAGUAACGGUAGAAGUUUACGUUGACAUAAGUCUGAGAAAAAAAGAGAGAGAGGAAAAAUAUUAAUUUUCCUUAUGGUCCUUUCUUCUUUUAAUUUCUCAAAAACAAGAUACGGAUAUCCACUCGGAUGCGGCUCCUAUUUGCCCUUAAAAAAGUUUAACAUCAGUCAAUUCACGUUUAAGUUGUCUUUCAUGCUGAAAUUUUUCGCACAGUCGAAAAAGACAGUUCUUAUGGGUGGCCUUUGAGAGUAAAGAAGGAGAGGAUUGCAAGUGCAGUGUACAGUAAUUGUAGGAAAGAAACAAGUAAAACUUUUGCUCUCACAAACCUUGCAUGCUUUGAACGUACCUUCUUCUCAUGAUCAGAAGGAAACAGGAAAACCGGAGUAUACACGUGCCGUUUGGACUCAAAAUCCAAAGCCAAAAUGCGAGACCGCAUACCUUUCUCCGUUUUUGACGUUGCAGGCUACAUUUUUUCUUUCAACAAAUAGUCAACAAAAAACCCACAACUUUCUUGAUUAUUCGUCUCUGCUGGCAAAAUAUUCG